AUGCUCCUCCUCCAGGGGCGUCUCGUCCUCCCCUCGCCGGCGCUGCCAUACUCCCCCUCGCCGUCUCCAUACCGUUUCCGCCCCCUCCCCUGCACCAGCAACGCCCCCACCUCUGCUUCCACCGCCGCGUCCGCCGACGCCACCGCCCCCUCGUCCUUCUCCGUCGAAGACUACCUCGUGAACAGGUGCAACCUCUACCCCAACGUGGCCGCGCGCGUGGCGCCGGAGCUCUCCGCCAUCAGGUCUCCCUCGAAGCCCGACGCCGUGCUCGCCUUCCUCGCCGACGGGCUCGAGCUCUCCCCGCCGCUCAUUGCCGUCGCAGUGGCCCGCGACCCGACGAUACUCACCUGCAGCGUGCCAAGGAUGCUCGCGCCGCGCGCGGACGAGCUCCGCGCGCUCGGGUUCACCACGUUCCAGAUGGGCCUGAUCGUCGUGCGCUGCGGCGCGGCCGCGUUCCGCUCACGCGCGCUCGUCUCCAGUGUCCAGUUCUGGGUCCCGUAUCUGCGUGGUCGCGUCGACAAGCUCGUCGCCGCGCUCAAGGGCAACCCGGGCCUCCUCACCGCCGACCUCCGGACGGUCAAGUCCACCAUCGCGCUGCUCCAAGAGGAAGGCACCCUCACGGAUGGCGACGUCGGCUGGUUCGCCAUCUCCUACUGCUCCAAGCUGCUUGUCGCGAGCCCGGACGAGGUCGACACCAUCCUGGCCCGCGCCGACGAGUUCGGCGUGCCGCGCAAGACGCGGGCGUUCAAGGACGCGAUCAUCGCGGCGUUCAGCGCCACUCCGGAGCGGCUCGCCUGGAAGGCCGCGUUCUUCAGGGACGAGCUCGGGUGGACGGAGGCGCAGGUGAAGACGGCGGCUGCGAAGAUGCCGACGCUGCUGACGGUCUCCGCGGAGCGGAUCCGGAGGAACUGGGAGUUCCUGACCACGGAGGUCGGGAUGGACGCGGAGCGCGUCGCCAGCUUCCCGGCGCUGCUGAGGUACGACCUGGAGGGGCGGCUCGUGCCGCGGUUCCAGGUGAUGAGGGUGCUGCAGGCGCGGCGGCUGUGGCGCGGCAGGGACUUCAACAACAUUGCGGCCAUCACGGAGGAGGAUUUCGUGGCCAAGUUCAUCAGGCCGUUUCUUGUCAAAGUCCCAAACUUGGCCAAGAUCUACGAGGCCGCCGUUAUGGAGAAGGAAGAACAGUAG